GACCCAUAUUUUACCGCCACGCCUCUCGCCGCGAGUAAGUCUAUUUAGGAGUCUCAUCUACUCUCUAUUCAGGGGAAACUCCAGCGAGCUGCUCUUCCUCCUUUCGUUGCCUCAGGGUUGGAGAUAAGAUGGGAGUUGUCACUGGCAAUCGGACUCACAAAGAGCCUGAUCGGACGAAAUAUAUCAAGCCCUUGGCAGAUGGCACACAAAAGCACGGCUUGAUAGUGGAGAGCAUCUACUAUUUAGCGGAAUGCGAUAGGCAAGUCAGCAACUAUAUUAAAGCGCAGAAAUAUAUCUGGAAGGAUGCAAACACGAGGGAGCUGGUUGAUGAAUAUUUCAGUAACAGUCGAGGAACUUCAGACUUUUACAAUGUGGUGCAAUUGUUCGUGGGAAAGGAGAAGAUCAAGCAGCUUUCUGUUGGUGUAGUGUUAAAGGACAUAAGGCCCCGAACACGUCUUAGCGACGCUCACUACAUAAGGGUUAAGAAAAAGUUAAUGGAUUAUAAGAUGGCUGAGAAUCCCUUUAAGGAUUUUGAGUGGAAUUUUGCACGCAUCCUCGAACGACAUCAACAGAUGCUGAAUAAGUUAGACUUUAAAAGACAGGAAUUGCGUCAACAGCUGUUCAAGAAUAAAAGGGGGGAGGAACUGAAGCGCAAAUCCGGGAGCAAGCGCUGGAGGCUUUGGAAAGUUAUUUCUGUGGCAACCGCAGCGGCGGUGGUGGCUCUCUCUGUGGCAGGAGCCGUCUGCGCCGUUCUCCAUAAUGAGUGUUUGCUCUGCCUUGGCAUUGUUGACCAACCGCUCGAAAGAUAAAACAGCGGCAAUCAAGGCUGGAGAGAAGCGGGCAGAGGCCGGGGAGAAGCUGACAGAGGCGGAGAAGAAGCUGGCAAAAGCAGUGAAGAUUGUACAGAGUGCAGAGAAAAGUACUUUUGUAACAAUUGAGAGAAUGAAGGAAGUCAAGUAUUUACAGAGAGAGCUGAUCGGUGUCAGCUCUUUGAUUGACAGUUACAUCGACAUCUCCUUGAAGGGCAAGGGAUAUCUGCUCAGCUGUGUGGGUGAUAUCAUCAAGGAACAGAAACGGUUCAUUGGUAAGCUCGACCGUCUUGACGAUUAUGUGGGGAAGUGCUGCGAUGGCCUUCACGAGAGGAGGGAGUCCCUUAUUUGCAUGAUGGCCACUUAUAUUUGACCGUUCACUGCAAAAAUUUGCUUUGUUUACUUUGCAAGUAUGUUCAGAGGUGGGAAGAUUGAGUGCUUUCGUUUGGAGUUGUUACUCAUCAACUCAGAAUAAUCUCCUCUGAAUGGAUGCAAAUAAAUGAGAGGAGAGAAUAUAUGUCCUCUCUUUUAUAUUCAGAUUUCAAACAAAAACUUUUUUCACAUAAAGAGUUAUUCAUGAUAUUUAGAAAAAUAUGGUUAAUAAAGUUCAUAAAUUUGAAAUA